AGUAUAUUCCCCCAAAAUCCACAGACCGAAUAUUCUAAAGUCUAAUUCCAUUUUUCUCUUCUUUAUAAUGUUUUUGAUCAAAUUCAAACCCAUUCAUUUCUCCUUGCCAAACCAUCAAUCGAUCCCCUGUCUGCUACCAGUGCUAGCUACACCAUGAAGUUCUGGAAGAUCCUCAGCAGCCUUCUUGAGGAGAUUUUUCCCGAAUGGCGAGACAGGUUUCUCUCCUACAAGUCCUUGAAGAAGCAGUUGAAAUUUUUUUACCCAAAGUCUUGUAACAAAUCGCCACCCAAGCGUUCCAAACUAUCCCACGCCGAUGAUGAAGAAGAAGCCGAGGUCACGGAGGAGGUUGCCGUAUUCUUGCAGCUUUUGAAUGACGAGAUUCACAAGUUCAAUGAAUUCUUCGUUCAGAAAGAGGAAGAUUAUAUCAUUGCAUGGAAGGAGCUGCGAGACAGAAUAACAAAGGCUAGGGAUUCAAAUGAAGAUGUGACAGAAGUAGGGAAGAAGUUGGUGGAUCUUCAUGGAGAGAUGGUUUUGCUUGAGAUUUACAGCAUUCUUAAUUACACAGGACUAGUGAAAAUAACAAAGAAACACGACAAGCUAAGUGGAGCUCUUAUUCGCGCAUCCUUUAUACAAGGCGUCUUGCAGGAACCAUUUUUCAGUACUGAUGUGGUCAAGACGCUGGUGGAGGAGUGCGGGACAAUGCUAGAUAACAUAUUUUCAAGGAAUGAGCUUGUAGAGAUUGAGCAAUUAGAGAGCACGUACGUGAAGCUAACUUUAUUGGCCUUGCAAGUCUUGAAGGAUAUUAGGGGUGAAAGUUCAACUGUGGGUCCACAUUCCAUUUCGCAGCUGCAUAGAGAUGCAGAAGAGUAGUGAAUGAAAGUGUGAGAGAGUUUACUUGUUAGAUAAGCCACCAAAUUAGUCAUUUGGGGAAAUAUAGUAUAAUCAGUCAAAUACGGAGCUCACUCUUUGUUUUCUUUUUCAUUUACUACUUCUUUUCUUUCUCUCCUGCUGUACCUGUACAUUAAGUUUCGCCAAAUAGAAAAUGCCUUUAUGCACGGUGCAUCUGGGGCGUGCAACAA